UAACGACGUUGUAUCCAUUUCAUAAAUAAGCAAAAUUAUCCCCUACCAAUAGCGCCUUCGUUUAAUCACUGGAUAUGUACACCACAAUGACACAUGCAACGCUCACAACUGAUCAUUGAGCAUUCAUCCGAAGCAUUACAUGCUGGGUAAACUGUCGAGCACAGGAUAUUACCCUUCGCGCAACUUUUGCACGCAGAUAUCAACCGGAAUUAACUACAUCCGGCGGAAUUACUUAUUCUACACGAAAUUGUUGCUGGCAGCGUUUCCUACCGCGUGGAAUUAUUGCCAGCCAUGAACUUAUAUCCGUAUUCUUCAUCGAACCAUUCAUAGUUAUAAACUGCUUUAGGUUGGUAAUCAAAGAGAUGCAAAGAAGAACGACGAUGCCCACAUGUUCCUACUUGUCAGGAAAUAUAGUGGAUAUGGAUGCCCCAUCGCCAGGCGCUUUCAAGCGGAGAAUGAUGAAUGAGCUGUUGUAUGCGACAGCCACAUCCUCCCAAUCAGUCCAGUCCAAUCAUGCGUCGAGACCGGCUCUGUCACACCGACACAUCAACGAAUGACUUUGACGGUGUACGUGCCUUCGCUCCCGUUAAUUUCAGAACGAUCCACAUACUUUUGAGCUGUUUUUUUUAUUUUAUAGAAAUUUGUCUUCAUUAAAUUAAUUUUCAGUUUCUCAGUGAGCGAAAAAGUAGGCAAAAAUCACUGGAUAAUUUGUCGGCAGUUCGUUGAUAGCCUGAUCGAUCAUUGCUUAUUACAUACGUGUAAUUCGAGAAAGACGGAUGAGUACCAGCAGCGGGCCAGACUCCACCUCUCAAUUUAGCAGCAGUUGAUUUAGAACUCCACGUACAAGCCCAGAACGCAGCGUUAUAACGGCAGUCAAAACCGGCAAUCACACAUUCCCUUUCUCUGCUCGCGCGUGCGCCUCAAGUUGAACCCGCCGAGUGGAAAUUUGCCAAAAGAAGUUGGUGGAAAAUUUGUAGUUUGUGCCGCGACAGUAUACGGAUAAAUUGAUACCCCUAUCACUUUCCAGCCCUGCAUGCGCCGGCUAAUAUUCCGCGUGCACACCGCUCCGGGUGAAUGAUGGUCACUUCCGCCUGUCAGCUCAAUAUGCAACGGUCCAUUUUUUCCAGUAUCGAAGCGCUGGCUACCGGCGCUACCGCCAAUUCCCAAUCACCUGCACUGAACAAUCAAUACGCCUAUGCGGGGAAUAUGUUGAAUCAGUAUGCGGCAAUGAUGGGAUUACCUGGCAGUGUACCCAGUGAUUAUUAUGCCCAGAUGCAGUUAUUGGAUGCCAGAAAUUUAUGGAUGCAGAUGAAUCCGGGUUAUCAGCAUUUAUUGCAGCAGUACCACAAACAAGUCGGUCAUAAUGUGCCAUCUCACAAUGGGUAUAAUCACUGCGCCGGUGAAAAAACUGUGGAAAUUAAACCGGAGGAACCCGAUCGAAAGUCAUUCACACCCCAACAAGCUGCCGUUGAGCAUUCUCCGCGUGACGAGACAGAUUCCACUCCAACACCUCCGGAUCAUGAACGAAUGUCCGAGACGUUAUCGGAUGACGGUGACAGCCUGCCGAACGGUUCCAAUCCCCCGGAGACUCCUUCCGAUCCUGGUCGGCCGUUGAAUGGCAAAAAGCAGCGCAGACGCCGUACGGCAUUUACCAGCGAACAGCUUCUUGCUCUCGAUGGCGAAUUCAAUGCAAAGAAAUACCUUAACCUCACGGAGCGGGCCGAAAUCGCUAAGAAUCUUCGUUUGAGCGAAGUACAAGUGAAAAUCUGGUUCCAGAACAAACGCGCCAAGUGGAAGCGGACGAGGGCGCAGAACAGUGGUCUGAACGGACACAGCACUGCCGCAGCCGGCCAACUGGCACUGAUGUCUGUGGCCGCGCAUUCACAGUCCGGCGGCAGUCCGCAUGGCCCGCAGUCGCAGCAGCCACACCAUACCCAUCAGCGCCAUCAUCACAAUACGCCGGAUCGGCCCAAAAUUGUCGUUCCCAUCCCUGUGCAUGUUAAUCGUUUCACGAUGCGCGGUCAACACCAUUCGACUAACACCGAGAACAAACCGAUAAACACCAGCGUUAAGAAUAAUUGAUCUCUCCCCGUCAAAUUAAAUCUCUUGAGCAAAAAGUUUGGAUCGGAGGUCAUUAAUGGUGACCUGUGAAAUCUUCGCUGUUCUUAAACUUUUCAGACAUUCCUCAUUUAUCUCAUCAGAAUUGGUUCCUUUAUCUACCAUGGUAAAUAAAGCAUUGUAAUGCUGUCUAUUUGUACAGUUUAAAUUUGUA